AUCGAACGCGACCCGGCCAAUUGCAGCACCAUUCAUCAUUCAUCCACCAGGCUUGGCCCUCGCUAAUAGCUGUCCCAGUCGUGUUAUUUUGGCCUCAUCGUCUUCGCCGUCCGCGUCCCAGAGAGGCAAGGUGGGAUGGAGGAAAGGGAUCCCGAUCUCAACUCCGCUUCCCGAACCGAUAAUGGCCGGAUCAAGCUCAACGUCGGCGGCAAGCUAUUCGAGACCACCGCGCAUACCCUCCGCUCAGGAGGCCCGGAUUCCCUCCUCGCCGCCCUCUCCGACAGGACGGCCGAAGACGGCGAGCCCAUCUUCAUAGACCGGGACCCCGAGAUCUUCUCCGUCCUUCUUUCCCUCCUCCGCUCCUAUCGCCUGCCCUCCACCGCCCGCCGAUUCUCCAAGCAAGACCUCGUCGAGGAGGCUCAGUAUUAUGGCAUCGAGGCCCGCCUCCGAUCCGCCAUGGCGCCGCCGCCGCUCGUCGGCUUCGACGCCGCCCUCGCCGCCACCAUCCGCCCCGCCUCCGACGGCUUCCCCACCGCCCUGUCCGCCGGAUCCGGGGACGGAUCCGUCUGGAUCGCGCACGGCGGCCAGAUCUCCACCUACGACUGGAGCCUCGCCCACGCCGGGACCGUGCGGACGCACCUGGACCAGAUCACCUCCCUCCGGCGCGUGUGGCCGGAGAUCGCGGGGAUCGGCUCCCUGGACUCCCCCGGGCUCCACUUUUACGAUGUCUCCAGCAGCCGCCACGUCGGGUCCGCCCACUGGUCCGACCCGUCCGACCCCCGGGUGUACAAGGCCCGGGUCACCGCGAUCGCCGCCGCGGCGGGCGCCGAAAGCUCCGGCGAGCCGGUGUUUGCAGCGCUCGAGUGUCCGCACCGGGAAAACUGCAUCCUGGCGGUGGACAGGACGACGCUGAAGAUCGUGGCAGAGAUCGGGCGGCAGAGCGGGGGCGCGGCAAAGGCGGCGGCGGCGGGGAAGCUGGUGCACGUGCGCGAGCGGGGAGUGGUGUUCGCGGCGGCGGUGAGCGCGGGAGCGUUCGGGUACUCGGGGUACAUGAGGCUAUGGGACCCGCGGUCCGGGGAGGCGGUGUGGGAGACGAGCGAGCCUGGGGGAGGCGGGCGGAGCACCCGGUUCGGGGACGCGUUCGCGGACGCGGACGCGGACGUGGACCCGGAAGGGCAGAGGGCGCCGGCGAUCUACAAGGUGUGCUGGAAGACGGGGGACGUCGGGGUGGCGGACAUGAGGAUGCUCGGGGAGGACCCCUGGGUGUACCUGGAGGAGCGGAGCCCCGGGCUGAGGAACGCGGGCGGCGGCCGGAACAGCGUGCUGCACUGCUACAAGGGCCAGGUGUUUGUGAGCCGGGAGGGAGGCCUGGAGGUGUGGUCGCGCAUAGAAGACGAGGAGGAGGAGGACGAGGAUGCAGGGAUUUCCGGGACGAGCUACCGGAGGAAUUUUGUGGACAGAGAGGAGGACGCGAGGCGGGGACUGGUUAAGAGGAUGGAAGGGGGUGGGGAUCGGCUGUUCGUGAGCAGGGAAGGGAUGGAGGGGAUUGAGGUGUGGGAGAGCUCCGACUUGUCCGGCGCCAUCUCCCUUUUGUAGCAGGCAAUUCUAUCAUCAUCGUGGGAUAGCAUGAUUCUCAUCAUAGCAGGUGUUGGAUCGAUCAAAGCGAUAUGUAACCUCGCAGCACACACAAGAUGAGGAGAAGCUCAGAAACCAAACCAAUAUCAAAUCUUACGAAGUGGCCAUGAGCAACAUUUUUUAACCAACAAGAACGUUACAUGUUUUCAAAAUGCUCCGACAAACAGCUUGAAUAGACGAGGUUUAACCAUCUACCAUUCACCCCUAUGAAACAGAACAGGUCGAAGAGAACAAAAUGCAAAGCUCAUGGAAUAUAGCGCCCUGCAAAACUGAAGAUUCCAAGUGGUACAAGAGCAAAAAGUCCAAUAUCAUGUAUCAGAUGAUGUACCAUUUUUUGCAAACUUUAUUGAGAUUAAUAUACAGCAUCAUAUACAGGGCAAAAUUGGUGCCAAUUCAA